UUUAUCUCUAGAAACUCUGCCCUCAUCUCUGUUCCCCUGCCCUGUCCUCUAAUCGCUUGCCCGGACCCCACUAUCCCCACACAGCGAUGAUUUCACACCUUGUCUAAUUUUAUAGACACUUAUACCUUCUUUUCAAUCCACACUUUCAUUCAAUCACCACACCAUGUCCUCCACGACAGACCCAGGAGCUGCAGUCUCCUCCUUCGUGGCUUCCUAUGAGUCUACGCUUACCCAAGUCUCGGUCCGAGCCGUCGGAUCUCAGUUUGCAUUAAUGGCUGCUAUAUCAAUGGCGACACUGCUCGCAUUCAGUUUCUUCAGGCCAAGAGAAAAGAAGGUCUAUGCCCCCAAGAUCAAGUACCAAUUACCAAAACCUGUCGACCCCAUAGAGGAUCCCGAUUAUGAACCGCCUCCGCCUCCGAUUUCCAAUGGCUUUUUCGCCUGGUUGAGCCCCAUGAUCCACUUGAAGGAAGAGGAGAUUAUUGCGAACAUUGGUCUUGAUGCCGCUACAUUCCUUCGAUUUUUGAGGAUGCUGCGCAACAUUUUUACAAUCACCUCGAUCAUUGUGGUCGCUUUGCUCGUCAUCGAUAUCGUCUAUAACCUCAAAUACGUUAAUAGCAGCGACAGGAAUGCGCUGAGUCUUUUAACCAUUCAGAAUGUAUCGGGAAAUUGGAUGUGGCCGGCGCUGGCAGCCAGCUAUGUCAUCAAUAUUGUGGCGAUGUACUUUAUCUGGUUCAAUUGGAAAGCAAUGGUUCGAUUGAGAAAAGGAUGGUUUAGAUCUCCUGCAUAUCAGACCAAGAUCUACUCUCGAACACUCAUGGUCACCCAUGUCCGCAAAGAUUUCCGCAGUGACGCCGGUUUACUGUCUCUUAUGGGUCUUCUCAAGGUAGAUGGUAUCAAGAUCGGUCCUUCUAUCGAUUGUACUUGCAUUGGUCGAAGACUUGAGGAUUUCCCAAAAAUGGUCGACGAUCAUAAUGAAGCUGUUCAAGAGCUCGAGAAGCAUCUUGUAAAGUAUUUGAAAGGUGGGGAGAUGGCAAAGAAGAGACCUAUGAUUAGAAAAGGCGGUUUUCUUGGAUUGUUCGGAGGUGUGAAAAAAGACGCGAUUGACUACCACGCCAAGGAAAUCAAGUUUCUCCGUGACCGAAUUGACGCCAAGCGACAGGCUAUCGACUCUCUUCUCCGCAAAGAACGUCACGCUCGCAAAAAGGGUAACAAGGUCGUCAACCGAGUCGAGGGCGAGAAUUAUGGAUUUGUGACAUUCAAGACGAUUGCCGAAGCGCAUAGGAUUGCGAGGACGCAUAGGGGCAAGCUCAAGGAGUUGUUUGGGGCCGAGCUGCAGCUGGCGCCAAUGCCCCAUGAUAUUGUUUGGGAGAAUAUCUCAAAGGAGCCCGCAGAGUUGGGAUCGAAAAAUACGUUUGGAUUUAUCAUCAUUGGAAUCGUCUGCUUCUUCAACACCUUGCCUUUGCUUGUAGUUUCGUUGCUUGCAAACUUGAGUUCAUUGACGGUCUAUGUUACAUUCCUUGCGGAUUGGAAAGAUGCUGGUAGCUGGGGCCAGUGGACUUUCUCCAUGGUCUCUGGUAUCCUCCCAUCCGUUGUCUCUGCCCUCUUUGGCUACCUUCUCCCUAUCAUCAUCCGCAAGAUCUCCAAGUACCAAGGAGCGCCCACACGUUCCCGUCUGGACCGUGCGGUGACCGCUCGAUAUUUUUUCUUCAUGAUCAUUUCCAACUUGGUCAUUUUCUCUCUUCUUGGGGUGGUAUACACCGCCAUAGCGAGGAUCGUGGUGCAAGUCGGUGGACACCAGAGUGUGGGCACGAUCUUGAAAGGGUUUGAGGAUAUCCCGGAUCAGAUUCAGGGGACAUAUGUCCAGCAGAGUACUUAUUGGUUGACGUGGCUGCCGCUUCGAGGCUUCUUGGUCAUUUUCGAAUUGAUCCAGUUGAUCAAGUUGGCCAUGGUAUCUAUCCGAAGAUUCAUGUUUUCUCAUACCCCUCGCGAUAUCAGGGAGAUGACCAAGCCGCCGUAUUUUGAAUAUGCCAUUGUCAUUGUCAACUUGUUGUUCAUCACCGCCGUUGGAUUGAUUUACGCUCCCCUUGCGCCUUUGGUGGCUAUGGGUGCAUGUUGUGUCUUUUGGUUCUCUUCCGUCGUCUACAAGUACCAGCUGCUGUAUGUGUACAUUUCCCGAGCGGAGAGUGGGGGUAGGAUGUGGAACGUGUAUGUCAAUCGACUUUUGGCAUGCUGUGUAUUGAUGCAGCUCUUGAUGGUGCUGACCACCGGUCUUAUUCGCGACCGAUGGAUCGACUGUGUGGCCGCCGCGCCUCCGCUAUUGCUCAUCAUCGCCUUCAAAAUCUACAUUUCGCGCACUGCCGAGCGUCAGUUCCGGUACUAUGAAGCCUCUCCGGAAGAACUGGAGCAAGAAAAAAUGUAUAGCAUGUCGGAGAAGCCGACGAAGCAGUCCGAGGUGGAAAACCGGUUUUUACACCCCGCGUUGCAGCAUAACAAGCUGUUCACCGUGAUGGUGCACAAGAGUCAAGAGUCGUUGGCGAGGGAGGUGUUGAGUGCGUAUCCGUGGUUUGCGGGCAAACACGAGGGCGAUGGGGUGAAGAUCAAGGCUGUGCGCGAGGAAAACCUCGAGUACGAUCCUUCGCGCGAUGGACCGGCGGACGAAGCGCACCAAGCGGACUGGGAUGCGAAAUCGAUCGCAUCGACGGAUAUCCUCUCCAAAUCGGAAUACGCUUCUUCCACCGCGCCGAAUUACGAAGAAGCCUACAGGCAUUACCCAUUGUUGCCGCUUACGGAUUCUCCCUCCCUGGCGCCUGCGAGUUUACCAUUGUUGCCUUUGGAUAACCCGUCGACGGACCGGCUGUUAUCGACUAACGACCGGUCCGAGCAGUUUAUAGCUAGGCAGCCGAGCGCGAGAGGGAAUGCGAGUGCGAGGGGGUAUCGUCAGCCGCAUCUGCCGAUGCCGGCUGGCGCGAGGCAUGCGGCGCAAAUGUCGGAUGUGGACCUGUCUGCUUCUUCUCCCCUGUUGGCCCAGGAUCCAUGGCUGAACGAGGACGACAAUGCGUAUGGUGGGGGUGGUGGAGAUGUGCCAUACCCGCCGUCGGCGUAUACCCAGCCUCCGUUGGGGUACGUCCCGCCGACCAUGAGGCGGACGGCGUCGGAUCUGUCGGAGAGUGAUGUGGGGGUUGCAGGCGCGGGUGCAGGUGCAGGCGCAGGCGGGACGAGGUGGGAUACGGGGGAUAGGGAAGAGAGGGGUUACAUGUCGAGGCAAGGGUCGCAGGGGUAUUACGGGGGCUAUUAGGUUUGUUUUUAUCGGGUUAGAGGUGCGGGUCGCCGCGAGUUUGGGAUUUAGAUGAUUUACGAGUUUUCACAUGUUGAUUAGUAAAAAAGGUUAGAAGAUGUACGAUGUUGGAUGUACAAUGUUUAGUCAAG